CAUAACAAGCGGGUUGAAUCCAACGCUAGCUGUAAAGGAUAGCCCUCCUUCUGCAAAUAGAAUAGAAGAAUAUGUGGUUAGAUAUUUCGUGACCAAAAAAACAAAGGAUAUCACCGGUAUAACUAGCUAGCUAAUCCUGAUUAGAGAAACUAUGGAUGCAUCGUUUGUGCAAAUGAAACAGAUGUGACGUCUUCCCACGAGAUUCCGACAGACCCCAUUCGGUUUGAGUACUGCACACGGUUACUCUGCACACAAAAAAACAACAUUUAAUUUAAAAUUCGGUCACUAGCCACUUUUGCAGCGCUCAGUUUACAGAAGCCAGUUUUUGUUGUUCGCCAUCUGGAGUGGAAAACAGUGGAAACAGCAAUCACCGCAACAAAGCGGCUACUGACAGAGCACUGAAGAUAAUCUUGGGAGUGGAUCUGAGAUCUGAGAACAUUGAGAAGAUGGCUUUGCUCUUAUGCAAAGAAGAGUCACAGGAAUGUGAUUUGAACCCACCUCUGACAUAUCAAGACAGAUGUGAAUCAGAAUCAACAGAUAAAAUAAAACAGGAGGACAAUGAACAUCUGAAAGACAGUGAUAUGGAAAAAGAUCUGGAGAUAAUCACUGUGCAGGAAGUUAAAAAGGAGGAGGAAGAAGGUGAAUGGGAGGCAGACCUUUUAGACUCUCCUGUGGAAUUACAUACAAACAAUAAUCAUGUGAAUGAAGGACUUCAUUCAGGUGGGAGGGUAAGUGACUCCUUUGACAGUGGCCUAGGAUCCACAGAGGAAAAUCUAAUGCAGUCAUUAAUUCACGCAGGAGCAAAAUCAUAUCAGUGCGCACAGUGUGGCAAAAACUUCUUAAGUGAGGAUGACCUGGAAACACACACAAGAAAGAAACACUGUUUCAAGAAAACCCCUGCUAGAAAGGAAUAUUGUUGCUCACACUGUGGGAAGACCUUUGUUACGUUAAUACAUUUCAUUGUGCACCAGCAAAUUCACAGAGGAGAUGGGAAACGAGAGAGACCAUUCUGUUGCUCUGUGUGUGGCAAAAGUUUCUAUAGAGAGAAGGGGCUGAAGACUCAUCAGCAAAGUCACAAAGGAGAGAGACUGCACUGCUGCUCUAAAUGCGGGAAAUCAUUUCCUGCAAAGUCCUUUCUAAUGAGUCACCAACGUAGUCACGUAAGAGAGAGACUUUACCACUGCUCCAAGUGUGGAAGGAGUUUUGCUUCUAAAACGAAUUUUGAAAGACACAAAGAAAUGCUAUACAAUUGCUCACAGACUGGGAAUAACUGCCCCACAGAGUUUUGUUUAAACAGGCACAGACAAGCAGCUACCAAAAAGAAACUUGCUAGUGGUUUUCAGGGACUAACUACAAAAAAGAAAUUAUAUAGUUGUUCCCAUUGUGAGAGGACCUUUACAGUAUUGUCAAAUUUCAUUGUUCACCAGCAAAUUCACAGAAGAGACGGUAGAGAAGAGAGACCAUUUAAGUGCGCUCAAUGUGGGAAAAGUUUCUACAAGGAGGAUGGUCUGAAAACACAUCAGCAGUCUCACGUAGGAGAGAGGCCACACUGUUGCUCUCAGUGUGGGAAGACAUUUAGAUCAAAGACAGUUAUGAUGAGUCACAAAAGAACUCACAUGAAAGAGAAAUUGUACCACUGCUACAGGUGUGCUAAAAGUUUUACACUGAAAAGUUAUUUUGAAAAACAUAUGCAGAUACACACAGGGGAGGGUCACUACAAUGGCCCCCAGUGUGGGAAAGCCUUCCCUUCAGAAUACUGUCUCAAGAGAAACAAGAAAAACAACACUGGAAAAGACCCCAUGGUCAGUUUGCAACAAAUGCCUUCAAAAAAGAAAUCAUAUGGUUGUUCACAUUGUGGAAGGACCUUUACAGACUUAACUAAUUUCAUUGUUCACCAGCAAAUUCACAGAGGAGAGGGUAAGGAGGAGAGGCCAUUUUGCUGUUCUCAGUGUGGUAAAAGCUUCUACAGAGAAGAUGGACUGAAAAAGCACGAGCAAAUGCACACCAGAGAGAAAGAACACCGUUGCUGUCAGUGUGGAAAGUCAUUUAGAACAAAAUCACUUCUUCUGAGUCAUCACAAUGUACAUGCAAAAGAGAGACUGUACCACUGCCUAAAGCAUGCUGGGAGUUUUGCCUCAAAAGGUAAUUCUGAAGAAGAUAUCCAAAUGUACUCAAGAGAGAAAUUACACCGUUGCUCCCAAUGUGGUAAAAAUUUCUCCAGAGAAUAUUGUCUCAAAAGACACAAGCAAACCCACGCACAAAUGAGAUCUUAUGGCGGCUUAAAACAGAUAUCUACAAAAAAAUAUUGUUGUUCCAACUGUGGCAAGAUAUUUACUACGUUAACAAAUUUUAUCGUGCACCAGCAAAUUCACAGAGAACAGGGGAGAAGCAGUGACACCCGCUUGCAAGACACUCAUCCUGUCGGAACAAAAAAUGUAGGCAGGGAGAACGAGGAAUUAGAGAAAGAUUGUGAAGGGAUGAUGAAAAGAGAGCGGCAGAGACGCAACAACAGCCAUUUUAAAACUGUACCUGAACUGGGCAAAGGCAACCACAGCAUUACGCAGCCUGAAUAUUUGCAGGGGCUCAAUCAUUUAGAAAACUUAAACAUGCAUGUGGACACAGUAAAGAGACCUCUGAUACCAUGUGAUAAAGUAUUUCAAUUUUAUCCAAAAAUGAUUGGCAGUACAGCUGACUGUACAAGUGCUGGAUCCACCGCAGCUGUAAGAGACAUAACUGUCGAGGAUGGAGCCGUCAGGAACAGAGCGGUGUUGAAUGCUUACAACACAGUGAGCAGGUCUGAGAGUGCAGAGAGACCUAAGAACUCUGGGAAGAUAGGUUUGCUCCCGAGUGAAGAUGAAUUACGUGAAUAUGAUUUGAAACCAGAACUGAAAUACAGUUGUGAACAGGAAUUAGAAUCACAGAAUGAAAUGAACGAGAACAGUGAACAUAUGCUCCUGAGAGAUGUGGAAGAGGAUCACCAGCCACAGAAGAAUGUGUUGGAGGAAAUGAAAAAGGAAGAAGUGGAGGAGACUGAUUGUGACGUUUCUGUUAACACCAUAAAAUUAAACAAUAACAUUCUGCAAUUUAACCAAGAAAUCUUCUUAAUGGAGAGACAAAAUCUUUCUUCCUGCAUGAAGGAUUUCAACAUAGAAGGACAUUCAGUGAUACCUCAGCAAAAUCCAGUAGGAGAAAGACCAUACCCCAGCUCUCAGGUUGUGGAAUCCUUCUUUAUGGAGAAGGACCUGGAUACACACAUGCAAAGACCUACAAGGGAAAAUCUGUAUUUUCAGCAAAUGCCAACUGAAGAUAAAACAUAUUGUUGUUCCCACUGUGGAAGAAGAUUUAAUACAUUGACAAAGUACAUUGUGCACCUACAAAUUCAUCGAAGGGAUGGGAAAGAGGAAAGGCCAUUUAGCUGCUCCCAGUGUGGCAAAAGUUUCUACAGAGAGGAAGGUCUGAAGACACACCUGCAAGCACACAUAGGAGAAAGACCAGGCUAUAGCCCUCAACAAAGGAAGUCUGUAAGAAUAUCAGAUCUGACGGGUCACCGGCAAAAGCACACAGCUGAGCAACGGUACCAUUGCCUUCAGUGUGACAAAAGCUUUGUUAGGCAGAGAUCUUUGUUAGAACACCAAGAAAGUCAUGCCAAAUUAAGAUCCAGCUCCAUUUGUGGGGAGGUGAUUGUGACAGACCGGAUUGUGAAACAGUACCUGACAGUGCACACAGGCACAGCAACUGGAUUUGCCCCCAGUGCAAAUGGACAUGUCACUGAGGAGACCCCUGUAGGGCACAGCCACUCAAACAGUUUUAGUCCUGGACCCAAGCCCAUAAUGGUUGAUGCGGAUGUGCAAAUGACAUGCAACACAGAGAAUAUGUUUGGGAGCAAAGAUAUGCUCAGGAGAUUCGGGAAAAUUCCUUUCAUCCUCAGAAAAGAGCAGUCGCAAGAAUGUGUCUUGGAACCAAUGGCAGAACACCAUCACGAUAAAGACUUAAAAUCAUUGGAGCAAAUAAAACAAGAGGAUAAUGAACAGAUGCUGACAGGAGAUGAUUGUAUGGAAGAAGAUCUCCAGCUGAAAAUAAUCACAGUGGAGGAAGUGAAAAUGGAGGAGGGGCUGGCUGAAAGGGACAGUCUUGAAACUACCCCAGAAUUAAAUAAAAGUAGUCAGUAUGUCACCAACAGAAUCCCUGUAGCUGAGAAACAGAUUGGUUCCUCCACUUGUGGGACAAGUUUCGCCACUGAGGGAAAUAUUGAUACACUUUCAUUCCAUAACACAGAGGAAACAACAUACCAAUACCCACAUUGUGGGAAAAGCUUCAUUAGAGAGGAUGACCUAAACAAACACCAGGUAACUCACACAAGAGAGAGUGCCUAUUGUCAGCAGAUCCCUUCAGUCACAAAAUUAUAUUCUUGUACUCGCUGUGAGAAGAGCUUUGCUACCAUAACAAAUUAUUUUGUACACCUGCAAAUUCACAGAGGAGAGAGACCGUUUAGUUGCUCCCAGUGUGGCAAAAGCUACUACAAGGAGGAGGGUCUGAAAACACACCAGCUAAGUCAUACAGGAGAGAAACAUUGAGAUGGAAAACUGGAGAAAUUUAUGCUA